AGUACACACAAAUGUGUGUUGUAUUGGAUUUUUUUCUCGGCGAAAGAACAUUUCGAAUUGCUGUGGUUUUCGCGAUUUCUGGCUUUCGGGAUCGUCCAGCAUCGAAUUGAGUGUCCAAAAUGAAUGAGGAGAGCCAGUACUCCAUACACACGGUGUGCCGCACCUGCCUGUCCACGGUGGACGACUCGGCGGCCUACGAUCUGUUCCGAGUGCCCGGUCUGGCCAAAAAGCUGUGCGUGUGCACCUCCUUGUCCGUGGAGCAGGCGGAUGGCUUUCCCAAGAACCUGUGCAAUGUCUGCUUCUCCAAGCUGAACGACCUGCACGACUUUCAGAAGCAGUGCGUCGAUUCCGUUCAAAAGUUCCAAGAUCUGGUGGCCAGCAACGCGUUCGCCUGCCAAACAAACUUCGAUGUUCUGGACACCAGUGCCGCUGUGGCGGAUCUGCCGGGCGAGGAAGAGGACAACGUGCACUUCGAUCCGCUGCUCAACUCCAAGAUCGAGAUCAUUGAGAACGAGGAGGACGUCUUCAAGAUGCUCGAGUCCGUCGAAAAGGAGGUCGAAGAGGUGGAGAUGGAGAUGGAACAGCCGUUUGGCCGAGUAUCUCAGGAUGACUCCUUCGAGAGCGGCAACGACAACGACCUCGACGCAGACUUCCAAAUCAGUAGUGACGACGACAUUCCACUGGCCCAGCGCAGCCGGCGUGGAGCCACUCGUGGUUCCAAGGCGAAGGGCAAGCCGAAGUCGGCUGCCAAGCGACAGGAGGAGGAAUCCGAGGAGUCCGAGGAGACCAGCUCAUCAGACGACUCCGAUGGCAAUCCGAAGGACAAGCCCAAACGCAAGAGGAUUCCUGCUACGGAGCGGGAUCGCCACCGCCUGAUUGACUGCCACAUCUGCCACCAGAAGUUCAAGAAGGCGAUUCGCUACGAGGAGCACAUGAAGCAUCACAACGACUUGCUACCCUUCCAGUGCACCGUCGAGAGUUGCCGAAAAGGCUUUACCACCGCCAAUGGACUGCGCGUCCAUGUGGAGCACGCCCACACGGAGACAUCGGCUAUGCAUCCGUGCACCUACGAGGGCUGCAACAAGUCCUUUGCCCGGCCCGUGCUGCUCAGCUUCCACAUGAAACGCGUGCACAAGGUGGACACCCCGCAGAGGGACUUCCCCUGCACGGAGUGCGAGAAGGUCUUCCGCUGCCCCACUGCCCUCAAGAAGCACAUGUACAAGCACACGGGCGAGGAGCUGCCCUUCGCAUGUGAAAUUUGCGGCAAGCGCUUCCCCAUCAAUAGUGUGCUGCGCGACCAUCUGCUGCGCCAUGCGGGCAUCAAGAACCAUGUGUGCCCGUACUGCGGAGUGGGCAAGACGACGCGCCAGGAGUGGAACAAGCACAUCCUUACCCACACGAAGGAGAAGAAGUACGAGUGCCGGCAGUGCGACCACGCCUCCCACAACAAACAGGCGCUGGCCAACCACGUGAAGGUGGUGCACGAGAAGCGCAAGGACUUUGCCUGCCAGUACUGCGGAAAGACCUUUGGCAAGUCGCACGCCUGCAAGAUUCACGAGAGAAGUCAUACCGGCGAAAAGUGCUGCGAGUGCAAGAUCUGCGGCAAGGUGUUCCUCUUCGAGAAGGGCCUAACCAAGCAUUUGAAGACGCACGAGAAGCGUGAUUUGCCCAAGACGCAGGGGACCAAUGCCUUAAUGGGCGACGGGGCCAGUGGAUCCUCGACAAUAGCCAAGCCCAGUCCGCACCUGCGUGGUCGCGUCGAGCGGGUGGACAUUGCUCAGUUGGCGGGAACGGUGGCCAAUCCAAUUCCAUCGGUCAACCUGCCCUCGUGGUCGCCGCAAGUGAACUUCACCAAGAAGGAGGGCCAGCAUAUCUGCCCGGACUGCGGCAAGGGCUUCAAUCACGUGAGCAACAUGAAGCUGCACUACAAGGUGGUGCAUCAAAAGGUCAAAGACUUCUGCUGCCGCUUCUGCCCGAAGAGAUUCGCCAAGAAGCAGUACCUGCGGCACCACGAGUACAUACACACUGGCGAAAAGCCUUACGAGUGCAAGGUGUGCGGCAAGCAUUUCCGGCAGGAGCAGGUGCUCAAGACGCAUAUGAAGGUGCACGACAAGCCGCCCCGUCCGCCUGGCAAGCCCAAGGAGCCGGCUGGACCCAAGGCGGAGUCCAGCACCGCGGUGAAGCGCCAGCAGCCGAAGAAUUUCGAGCAAUACCAGGAUCCGGCGGCGGAAAGGGCAGCGGCCACCGCCGAGCUGCUGGCCUACCAGAUCGAGGAGAACGAGGCCAAGCGCAAGGCGGAGGCGGAGCUCCGGAAGAUCCAGGAGGCUGCCUUCGAGCAGCUAAACAAGCUGCAGAAGCAGUCGAACACUUACGACGGCUUCUACGCGCAGAAGGCGGAGGCGGAGGGCACCUCAGUGGACGCACUGAAGUUGGAUCAUGUUUGAGCGGCAGAAUCAAACGGAAAUGCUUGCGAGCAAACCCGGCCUCCGUUUCCGAUCAUUUCAUUAUGUGUUUCUAUGAAGGACAUAUGAGUUAUAGUUCUCUAAGGAUUACCAACUAGUUUUCGUCACUUUGCAAUUUGAUCUUUUUUGUAUUUAAAUCCCCCCUUUAAACUGCUUAAGUUUGUACUUUACUAAUUGUAUUCAUUUAACAAUGAUUUAAUAUAAUAAACAGUAAUAAGUAUUG